GCCAGAAUUGCAAGAAGUGCGAGAACAGGCUGGCGGUAAGUUCCUGCUGGAAAAAUGAUUGCAGUCAGCGGUCACUACGCCUAGUAGCCGAUUUGAAUGCCUCGUGGGAUUCGGAUCAUUCUCGGUGCUAUAGAGUUCAUAGUGGAGGGGUGCGAUGAGAUGAGACGAGACGAGUGCUCUGAGAGCUUUGCCUCCGCCGAGCAAGCCUACGAGGCUAAUCGAGAGUACCAGAAGAUGCGGAAUCGCUUUUCCGACACCCCAUCUUCUUCGCGAUCCACCGCUGCCGCCACCCAGUCACGUGGUGCUACUCGCGGUCGAUUCUCCUUCGCUGGCCGGUUUCGUCGACCAGCCCACCCUGGAGCGCCAUUCUCUCGGCGCUACAGUUCUCUGGAGUACAGCGAGGACGCCUCGGCGGAGUUUGACCCUACCCUUGGGGACGCCCCCGAGGACAUCGAGCUACGAGACGUCAUCCAGUAUCACUUGGAUGACGACACAGUUCCGAUGGCCGAGCGUUUGGCGCUGGCCAUGUCUGCCAUGGGUCGUGCUCCUAGCAAGCACUUCUUCACGAAGAUUGAUCUUCGUAGCGGUUACCACCAGAUCCGCGUUGCCACAGAGGAUCAGCCGAAGACCGCCUUCCGAUCGCGCUUCGGCCACUACGAGUUCACGGUGAUGCCAUUCGGCCUCACCAAUGCWCCCGCCACCUUCCAGACGGCGAUGAACGACAUCUUCAGGGACAUCCUUGAAGAAUACGUUCUCGUAUACCUGGACGACAUCUUGGUCUACAAUCGUACCUUAAAAGACCAUCUCAGACACCUCCGCGAUGUCCUACAGCGCUUACGCAAGCAUGGCUUCUAUGCCAAGCUCAGUAAGUGCCGCUUUGCCCAGCGCAAAGUGGACUUUCUAGGACACCAUGUGUCUGACAAGGGUCUCCACGUGGACGAUGCAAAGAUCACUGCUAUUGCAGAGUGGCCCGUCCCCACAUCUGCCAAGCAGCUUCGCAGUUUCCUAGGCUUCACCAGCUACUAUAGUAAUUUUAUCCAGGGAUACGCUAGGUAUUCCUACGUCCUUACCUCUACCCUCCUCCGAAAGAACCCGCCGUGGUCUUGGACACCCCUGUGCGAGGACGCCUUUCGCGCCCUCAAGAAGGCGGUGACCUGUGCGCCGGUUCUUCGCCUUCCCGAUUUUUAUCGCCCCUUUAUCGUCACCACCGAUGCGUUAGACUUUGCAGUAGGAGCUGUCCUUUCUUAGGUGUUUCCCUCUCCUCCAGAUUCACCUUACCCCGAUGUCCCUCCUUUCCCCCCCCCUCCUGCUGACACUGCUUCUCGAUUGACGCCUAUCCUCCCACCACUUCCCUCCACUGACAGUCCUCCUGUUGCCUACUCCCCGACCAUCGCGGAGGAUGAGACUGUCGAGGCUCGUGCUGGGGAUUGCCCGAUCGCUUUCUACUCCCGUCAGCUACUGCCUGUCGAGAUAAACUACACUGCCGAUG